ACACUCUCGCAGCCUCGCUAGUCGCUAGUACCAUAAAAAGGGGAAAAUCUAUCUGUUAACACCAUUUUUUUCUCCGAUUUCGUCUGAAACCUUUUCUCAAAUCUGCGUUUCCGUCUAAACAAAGCUCGUCAUUGUUUCACUUACCCAAAAACAAAAAAGGCUCGUCAUUGCUUUUGUGUUCUGCAAAAUCGUCCACUUACACGUAAACCAAACACCGAAAAGAUCUCUCUCUCUCAUUCAUUUUCUCGCUGCUUUUGUUUAGUUUCGUUUCGGUUUGGUCUUCAAUGGUGAUGGAGGACACGGAGAGCUGUGCGAGUAUGGCGCACGAUGCGUCGGCGUCCUCGCCGGCAAGGAGUCGGCAGCAGCGGCAGAAGCUCGAGGUGUACAAUGAGGUUCUCCGUCGGCUUAGGGAUUCAGACAACGAGGAGGCUUUUCAGACUGGCUUCGACGACCAGCUUUGGUCUCACUUCAAUCGCCUCCCCACUCGUUAUGCGUUGGAUGUGAAUGUACAGAGACCAGAAGAUGUUCUUAUGCACAAGAGAUUGCUGCAUUUGGCUCAGGAUCCCGCAGAUAGGCCUGCAAUUGAAGUCCACCUUGUGCAGGUUCAUUCAACUUCUGAUGGGAAUGCAGCUUACUCUGUGCAUUCAGAUUUUCCUGGUGAAGAAGCUGCCCAAAGUAAAAUAAACGGCUCUAACAGACACAGCAUCCACCCACCACCUGCCUUUGGUUCAUCUCCUAAUCUUGAAGCCCUUGCGCUUGAAGCAGAUAAAUCUCUUGCUCUAGAUGAGGAGAAUUCAGUACAUGCUAGCACUUGGUUUUCACAGCCCAUGCAUGAAAUUACCUUCUCAUCAGAUGACAAACCCAAACUCCUUAGUCAGUUGACUUCCCUGCUUGCUGAGAUGGGACUAAACAUCCAAGAGGCACAUGCUUUUUCAACAGUGGAUGGUUAUUCCUUAGAUGUAUUCGUUGUUGAUGGUUGGCCUUAUGAGGACACAGAGCAGCUUAAAACUACAUUGGAAAGGAAACUUUUGAAAAUCGAGAGGCAAGCUUGGCCAAAUGCUGGACCAUCAGUUUCUGUAGGCGAGCUGGAUCAAACAGUAAUAAAAUGUGAACCUGAUCAUUUGACAAUACCUAAUGACGGGACUGAUGUAUGGGAAAUUGAUCCUAAGCAUUUGAAGUUUGAAAACAAAAUUGCAUCUGGGUCAUACGGGGAUCUGUACAAAGGUACAUACUAUUGUCAGGAAGUGGCUAUUAAAGUUCUCAAGCCUGAGCGUGUGGAUUCAGAUAUGCAGAGAGAGUUUGCACAGGAAGUCUUUAUUUUGAGGAAAGUUCGACAUAAGAAUGUUGUACAAUUUAUAGGUGCAUGUACCAAGCCUCCAAGUGUGUGCAUUGUAACAGAGUUCAUGUCUGGUGGAAGUGUCUAUGACUAUUUACAUAAACAAAAGGGUGUUUUCAAGCUUCCGUCCUUGCUCAAAGUUGCAAUUGAUGUUUCCAAGGGAAUGAACUACUUGCACCAAAAUAAUAUUAUCCACAGAGAUUUGAAGGCUGCUAAUCUUUUGAUGGAUGACAAUGAGGUUGUUAAGGUAGCUGAUUUUGGGGUUGCAAGAGUAAAACCUCAAACUGGGGUUAUGACUGCAGAAACUGGGACUUAUAGGUGGAUGGCCCCUGAGGUUAUUGAACACAAGCCAUACGAUCACAAGGCUGAUGUUUUUAGUUUUGGAAUUGUAUUGUGGGAGUUGCUAACUGGAAAGCUUCCAUACGAAUAUUUAACCCCAUUGCAAGCAGCUGUUGGAGUGGUUCAAAAGGGUCUACGGCCUACCAUCCCAAAGAACACUCAUCCAAAGCUUGUUGAGUUACUUGUGAGAUGCUGGGAGCAAGAUCCAGCAUUGAGACCAGACUUCUCUGAAAUUAUAGAGAUCCUGCAGCAAACGGCCAAGGAGGUCGGAGAUGAAGGGGAGGAACGACGCAAGGAAAAGUCAUCUGGAGGCUUCUUGUCUGUUCUUAGACGGGGCCAUGUACAGUGAAAGAGAGGUAAUGAUGCUGCUUAACAUGGACUUCAGAAAUUAUUGUGUGCUGACACUUUAUUGCCACCUUUACCAUCAGCAUGUACAGUAUAUUGUCCACUUGAUCGAAUUUUUAUUUAUUUAUUUUUAUUUAUUCUAAAUUAUCUCUUCUGAUA